AUGAUUCGAGUAGUUAACUGCAAUGCCAUUGAAAAUCAAAAAUUAUUAAGUAGUAGUUCGGAUGAAUGUUCACAGGAUUAUGCCAUAGAAACAGGUUCAAUAAUUAAAAAAGAUGGAAAAUAUUAUGCUUUUUAUACGGGUCAUAAUCCAAAUUUUCCUUCAUCUUUUGUAAAAACGAAAGAAAGAAUAAUGUUAUCAACUUCAUCUAGUUUAGAAGAGAAAUUUUCUAAAGAUUUCAAUUUCCAAACAAUCUAUGCUCCAGUUGGUGAAGGUUUUGAUGAAGAAGAUAAUUUUCGUGAUCCAUUUGUUUAUUAUGAUUCAUUCUCUAAAGAAUAUCUUUUAAUAAUAUCUGCCCGAACAUCACGUGGUGUUCUUAUUUAUUAUCGAUCAAUUGAUUUAUAUCAUUGGAAAUACGAAGGAAUUCUUUAUGAUGGAGAUUCAACUGUAUUUUAUAUGAUGGAAACAGCAGAUUUAUUUCUGAUUGAUAGAACUUAUUAUUUAUUAUUUUCUGAUAUUGAUUCCAAAAAUGUUUAUUAUAGAAAAAAUCGAUUAGAUGGAAAUGGAUUUUAUGGAGGCAAAGUUAUUCUGGACAAUUUUGGUGAUCAUUAUAUAUUUGGAUGGAUCAAUCGUUAUGAAAACAACAAUGAUCAAGGCAAAGAUCUUGCUGGUACUAUUCCACAUACAAUCAAAUCUUAUAUGGACAAAUCUUCUCAACCAAUUGUCAAACAUAGUCAAUGGGGAAUUGUAGAAAAUAUUAAUGGAAAUAAUUCAUCAUAUUAUUUAUCAAGUUUAUUCGAUGGUGAAAUAAAUAAUUUUCUCUUUGAACCAAUUCAUUUGUCGAGAUUUAAAAUAAGUUUAACUAUCUCAUAUAAACGUUCAUUAAAAGAUUUUGGAUUAAUGAUUGGCGCAUGUGAUGGUUAUAAUCAGUUUAUGAGUUUACGUUUUCUUCCUUCUUAA